AUGAACGAAAACGACGAUACAACACAAGCACCUCAAUCGUUAACACUUGAACCAUUAAGUUAUCUUGCCAAUAAUCCACUAGCUGGUGAUCCAAAUGAUUCUCGGCAAAUGGAAACCUAUGCAAAUGACUUAACAACAAAUAUUAUAACAAAUGCAAGUAGAGUAGCAAGUGGAAAACAUCGUGAAAGUAUUGAUAAUACAAGAAUGAAUAAUACUAACGAAUUAAAUUUGUCUCCAACAUCAAACCAGAUACAUCAACCUGAACAUUCCACAACUAAUGGUAUUCCUAGUGACAAUGAAUUUGAUAAUGAAGAUAUUCAAAAGAAAAUGAAUAAUGUUAUUCAUGAUAUUCAAUUAGGAUCUGGUGAUGAUACAAAUACUUCGCGAAAAUCAAUAACAUCAAAUCAUUUACAAGAUGGUCAAAUUAAUCAUUCUACACCAAAUAUUAAUGAUCCAUCAACAGAAAUGGAUUUAACAUCAAAAACUUCAACUGAAAAUCCAAUGAAUGAAUCAGCUUCAGUUGAUCAUCAUAUAUCAACUGAACAACAUUUACCAUCACCUGUUCAACAAGUUGAGAAUUCAGCAGAUGAUGAUGAUGAUGAUCCUCAUCAUCAUAAAACACAAGCAACACCAACAAAUACGACGACUCUUGUUAAUAGUCCUACUGAUCAGCAACAAUUAGGACAAGAAAAUCAUAUAAAAAAUUCAUCUGAUGAUGAUUUUUUUGAUACAAAAACAGGAACUAUAGAUGAUGAUCAACGACCAUCAAGUUCUAUUAAACAAAAUAGUCUUGAUGAAACAACACGUUUUGCAACAACAUCACCAAAACCAUCAUCUCCAAGAGUACAAUCAGUAAUUAGUAAACAAUCGGCUCAAGUUACAUCCGAUGAACCAUCAACAUUCAGUGAUGAAAAACAUACUGAAAUGAGUCCACCAAAAUUACCACCUGAUACUGGUAAUGAUACUGAUCUUGAUAAUCAAGAAGUAGCAACUGUUGCUCGACGUCCAUCACGUGCUAUGUCACCAUUUAAUCGUCCACGAUCACCAACACCAAACGAUUCACGUAAAGCAUCAACUAAUAUUGAACCACCAUCAUCAUUAAAUACUGAACAAUUAGAAUCACGAACACAUGUCAUCACAGAUGAUAAUACAAAUCAUUCAUUAAUAAAUCAUGAUCGUACAAUAAGUCCAACUUUAAAUGAUAAUAAAUCAAUUUCACCUAUUGUAUCAAAUGAUAAUCAAGAAGAUGAAGAAGAACAAAAGCAAAAUUUUGAACCACCAACAACAAUUAUUUCACCAGCAUCAAGAAGAGAAAGUACAAGUAAAAAUGAUCAACAACAAACAUCACGACCAACAAGUGCUAUUAAAGAAAAAUCUUAUGAUAAUUUAAUUGAACCAUCAGCAAGUCGACCAAGUAGCAGUCGUUCACACCAUUCAGCAGCAACAGAUGAACAUUUAAAACUUAUUAAACCUGGUGAACAACUUCAAAUUCCAACAGAUGAUUUUGAUAAUGAACGAAUAAAUAGUCCACCACCAUCAUCAUCUGAUAUUAAAUCAACGGCAUUAACUGAUCCAUCAUUAGAAAAUAGUGUUGCUCAAAAAGAACAAGAUCAUUCUCGACCACCAAGUGAAAUAAAUCGAAAAAGUCCAACAAAAAGUAUUAUUAGUAAUGAAAAAGAUAUUGAUGGAGAAGUUCCAUCAUCACAUAGUCCAAGAGAAAAUGAUGUUAAUCAACAACAAACAGAUUUAACUCAUCGAAAAUCAACAAGUCCACGUGGAAGUCAAGUUAUUGAACAAACAGAACACAUUCCCAGUAGUCGUCGAGCAAGUACUUCUCAACAACAAGAUGAAUUUGAUAGUCAUCAACAACAACAAACUGAAAGUCGACGAACAAGUAAUGUUGUACAAGAACCAACAAGUCAUGAAGAAAAUUUGGUAUCUGGAGAACAAACUAUUCAUCGAAGAGAAAGUAUUGAUUUUCAACAAAAACCUUCUAGCCGAAAAGAAAGUACUUCAUCUGAAAAACAAGUACCGAGUAAACGAACAAGCAUUACUCCAGAGCAACAAACAUCAAGUCGACGGGAGAGUAUUACCGAUGAAAACAAAACAGUAAAUCGAAAAGACAGUACUGUUUCAGAAGAGCAAACAUCAAGCAAACGAGUUAGUACUGGUCUAGAACAAAAACCUGCUAGCCGCAAAGGAAGCACUGCUUCUGAUCACGAACCGUCUAGCAAACAACAAAUUAUUACUCCAGAACAACAAAUAUCAAGCCGACGAGGAAGUACUAUGGACGAACCACAGGUAUCAAGCAAACGAGGAAGUACUGUCCACGAACAACACGCUGCCAGUCGUCGAGAAAGUACUGCUGAUGAAUCCCAUCUAUUAAGCAAACGAGGUAGUACUGCUCUUGAACAAAAGCCUCCUAGCCGAAAAGAAAGUAAUGCUUCUGAACACGAAGCACCCAGCAAACGAGGAAGUACUGUCUAUGACCAACAUGCUUCCAGUCGUCGAGAAAGUACUGCUGAUGAAUCCCAUCUAUCAAGCAAACGAGGUAGUACUGCUCUUGAACAAAAGCCUCCUAGCCGAAAAGAAAGUAAUGCUUCUGAACACNUCAUGAUUAGCCACUGGUCUAUCAAUUACAGAUAA